AUGGUCAACAAAAAUCCAUCUACUGGUGAAUCGGAAAGGUCAGGUACAUUAUCCAAUAAAACUGAUAAAGAAGCUCCAAGUGGAGCAACUUCAAGAGGAUCUUCACAAACUUAUAGAAAUUUUCGAACAAAAGCUCCAUUUAUAGAACCCAACUCAGGAAAUGAAGCAAAAUAUCAAGAUAAUGUAGAAACAACCCCAAAGUCAGCUGGUGGAGCACCAUCUUCUAGUCAGUAUCCGUCAGCACCUGAAGUGACAGUAGGAGGCAACAAAAACAGUGCAAAUAAUCCACGUUUAACAGGUAUUGAAAAUGCUCCAUUGCCCUCAUCAUCCCAACAGGCCAAAGGAAAUCCAGGUAUUAGAAUACCUUCCAAAAUAGUUAUCAAGCCAAUAGACAGAGAUGCAAGAAUACAAAAUGUUUUGGCAGAUCUAAAUGAGCAUGACAUUGAUGUCACCAUCAAUGAUGCUUUACAUCCUACUCUUCAUCCAACUAGAAGUAUAACCAGUGGCUUUGUACCAACGACGCAAGAGGAAACUCAGAGUGGUCCCAGCACAUUAAAUAAAAGGGUAGCUGGGCAAAGGUAUCAGGCUCAGCUUCCAUCUGGACCCCGUGGUUCUGUAUCUUAUCUGACAUCCUCUGCUUCACAGAGGUACAUAACAAGAACACCAUUCAAUAUCAAUUCCAAUGAAAGAUUAGAAAGUGGAACAAACAUUUAUUUGCCUCAUGAUCAAAGUACUGGUCCCAGUGGAAAGGUAGAGUCUGCAGUGCCAUCAGAAAGACCAAAUAACAGGCAUUGACAGAAAGAAAUUCC